AAAUAGAUGCACUUGAAAAAGAUUGCCAAAAAUUUUCAAUGCAAAUAAAUGAAUGGCGGGAAUCACAGGAAAAACUUCAAACACAAUUGGCAGAACAGAAAAUAAAAUUAGAUGAAAAAAGCAGUCAUAUGGAACAACUUCAGUUCAAGAUAAAUGAUCUAGGUUUGGAAAAUGAUAAAUUAAAGGAAGCUAUGAAAAAAACAAAAGCAACAAAAAUAAUGAAUCCAAAGCCUGCUGCUCAUAAAAAACAUGCAUUUGUUCAAACCAUCGCUGCUUCAAAACCUUUAUUAGUGGACAAAUAUGUUAAUACAACUUAUUCUGAUACCCCUUAUUGUGAUAAAUGUCGUGGGUGUAAUCCUGUAUCCAAACCAUUUGAAAAAUCCAUGUCUACUCUACCUCUACACACAUCUCAUGCAAAGUUACCUUCGCUCAACAUAGAAAAAAUUGAACAUGAAUCAAAUUCUCCCAAUUAUAAGGAAAGCUUUGAAGAAAGUAACUCUUUCAGUUUGAAUGAAAAUUCUACAGAACCAUCUUUUUCAUUUAUGGAAGUAAAUAAAUUUUCCAGAAUUAUGGAAAAAUUGAAAAAGGAAAAUAAAAAAUUACUAUCAAAAAACAAAAGACUUGAAAGGGACAGAAAGAAAAUUACUAAAAAUGAUAGAGACGUCGGCAUCAAAAAGUAUAACUUUAAAAAAAUCAUCAUAAAUAAUUAUGAUGGAAGUAAAAGUGCAAGACAAGAAAAGAAAAAUUACAAAACAAAACAAAUUAAAAAGUUAAAAAAAAGCCAAAACACUUCGAUGGAAAAUAAUUCUUCCAAUGAUAACUGGACAAUUGAUGAAACUGAUAAUAGAUUGAAAAGAAAACCUUCGUUAUAUUCUUGUGACAAACCACUUGAGAAAAAAAGAAAAAUAGUUACAGAAAAUACUACUGUUACUAAAGAUAAUAUAGUUACUAAAGAUUCUAAUGUUAAUGAAAAUAACAUACUUAAUUCUAUUAUAGUUUCUGAUUUAAAUUUAAGUGAGGAUGAUGAUACAUCACCAAACGAAACUCUCAAUAUGGAAGUAAAUAUCAAUUCGAAUGAUCAGCUGAUAAAAAGUGACUCAAAAUCAGUUUCUAAGGCUAUCAAUUCCAAAAAGGAUAUUAACUGUUUCAAAAGUAAUCGGCCAACUAUGUUGUCUAAAAAUGUAUUCAAAACACAAGAUACCUCUACAAAGAUACGGCCAAUUCCAAAAAAUAUUCUUCAAUCUUGUAGCAUAAGAAAUGAUCAUAAUUUGCAGAAGCUCAUAACAAUUAAAGAUACAAAAUCUCUUAAUUCUCUAACUAGCAACGAUCUUAAAAGUAACUGCAUUCAAUUUAACACUACCAAAGCAACUGAAAAUGUAUUUAAUAACGAUCAAACAGAUCCUAAAUUAAAUAACAAGUCUUUACAAUCAAAUACGUCCCCAAAUCCAGUGAACGAUAAUAAAACCUCAAGCCCCCUAAAGGUUAUCAAUCCAAUAGAAAAUGUAACAAAAACUUUUUCUGAUAUUCAAUCUACUUCACAAGUAACUUGUAAUUUAGAAAAUGAAGUCAGAAGUGAUUAUCAAGGAAGUCUAAAUUCUAAUGAUAAAAACACGACAGUACCUUACAAUAAUGCAGCUGAUAAUCAAAAUAAAGUAGAUGAAGAUUCAAAUCCAAACAAUUUAGUGAAAGGUAAAAGUAAACUAAAACAGACAGUUAUUGAUAUAUUUGGUGAAGACAUUGAAGAUUUAUCAGAUAACGAUAAUGUUUCUAAAGAAAAUCAAACAAGCUCAAAAGUUAUGAGCCCAGAAAAAAAUAUUGAUAAUGAAACUAAAGAUGAAAAAAUUCAGGGUUUUGUAGGUGACGAUUCUAAAUCAUCUCGAAGUUCUGAAUCUUCUGAAGAUUCAUCACACUUAUCUGAGGAUUCAGAUUCAUCUAAAGAUUCGCUAAGUAGUGAUGAAGAAGAAGAUGAAGUAAGUUACAGAUCAAAUGCAACUAGAAAUGACAGCACCCAAAAUAUUGAAGCAAGCUGCUUUUCAAAUGAACAAAAUAUUGAUAAGGUAAAAGAUGCCAAAUUUGAAAACGUUUCUAAUGAACCUUUAAAGAAAAAUACAGAAAAAAGUGUAACUAAUAAAAUUAUGAGUGAUGUUGAACAUGACUCUGCAUUGAAUUUUGAGACAAAUUGUUCCCUUAGUAGCACAGAUGAUUCAAAUUCAUCAAUAGAAACAGAACCAAAUUCAUCAAUAGAAACAGAACCAAAUUCAAUUGAGACCAAAACAAAAAAAAUAGGUUUAAAUCCCAAAAGAAAAAAACUGCUUUUUAAGAUACGGAAUAUUAAAAAUAUUACCAAAAAACUUCCAAUUAAAACUGCUGUACCAAAAGCAACAUUAAAUACUUUGAAUUCAUCAAGCGGAUCUUGUAUGAGUGUUAAUGAUAGUAUUGUUAUCCCAACAAAAAAGCGAAUAGCACAUACUCCUAAAACUUCACCAAAAUUAGUAGAUACAUCGGAUAAAAAUAUAAUAGCUUCAACACCAAAACCAUCCAAUCUUCAAACCAUCCAAGAUUCAUUGAAGCAACAAAUUGACGUAAAAUCUAAUAAGCAGAAAAUAAUUUGUACAAUAUCUGAAGCUUCAAAAAAAACUUUGGGUGAAGACACAAAAACUGAUGAAAAUAAAAAAUGUUUUGAAGAAUCCAUCGAAAAUUUAUCUGAAAAGAAAAAAACUGAAAUUGGGUCAAUAAAGACAAAAACUACUGCAGAAAAUAAAGAUACUAAAAUUGAGCAAAAUGGGUCGAAAGAUAUUUCAGAUAAUUCCGUAGUGCUUUCCAUUUUAAAAACACCAGAAACAGCUUUGGCUAAAGACAUACCAUCUAAAGGAAUUGUAACAAAUUCCAAAGAAUCGAUUUUAGAUUCAUUAGAAAAUAAACAAUCUGAAAAAGACUCAAUAAUUUCGAAAAAUACUUCGGAAAUAUCUGCAGAAACUACAAAAAAAUUUUCGGGUUCCAACACAGAAUCUGAAGAAGAUGAAUCGAAAUUUCAAGAAUCGAUCCAAGAUCAAUCGGAGGACAAAAUAAUUAAAGUUGAGCAAAAUGAGUUGAAAGAUAUUGCAGAGAAGUCUGUAGUUCUUUCCAAUUCAAAAGUACUUAAAACAGUUUCGAAAACAGUGUCUAAAGAUACGCUAUCUAAAGAAAAUGAAAGAAAUUUCGAAGAAUCGAUUUUAGAUUCAUUAGAAAAUGAACAAUCUGAAAAAGACUCAAUCAUAUCUAUAAAUACUUCGGAAAUAUCUGCAGAAGAUCCAAAAUUAAUUUUGGACAGUGACACAGAAUCCGAAGAAGAUAAACCGAGAUUUCAAGAAUUGAUCCAAGAUCAAUUGGAGGACAAAGUAAUUAAAGUUGAGCAAAAUGAAUCGAAAGAUAUUUCAAAAAAAUCAGUAGUUCUUUCUAAAUCAAAAGCACCGGAAACAGUUUUGGCGAAAGAUACACCGUCUAAAAAAAUUGAAAUAAAUUCCAAAGAAUCGUUUUCAGAUUCAUUAGACAAUGAACAAUCUGAAAAUGACUCAAUAAUUUCUAUAAAUAUUUCAGAAAAAUCUGCAGAAGCUCCAAAAUUAGUUUUGGAUAGUGACACAGAAUCUGAAAAAGAUGAAACAUAUUUCCAAGAAUCAAAGAUAAAACAAAUAGAAAAGAAUAAAACUGAAAUCAAGUCAAAAGCUACAAGAACAGACUUGAAUAAAGACAUAAAAUCCAAGGAAGACGAAAUAUGUUCCAAAGAAUUAACCGAAGAUUCAUUGGAAAAGAGACAAUUUAAAAGUGAGCCAAUAAAAUCAGAAAUUAUUUCAGAAAAAUCAACAAAACUUCUUACAUCAAAAGCUUUGACAACAAAUUUGGAUGAAAUAUGUCACAAAGAAUCAAACUUAGAUAUUAUAAAAAAAGAACCUACAAAACAAAUUCCAUCUUCUUCAAUGAAUCAAAAUAAUGUUUCUAAUGUUCAUAUGCAAUCUGGAGAAAAUAAAAUAUUUUCUCAAGAUUCCACUCUUAAACAACCGAAGAGACGGAAAUUGUCGAAUUCCAAAAAUUCUUUUAAAAUUGGAGAAGAAAUCAAAAAUAAUUUUGUAUCCAAGACUAAGAAGUUGACAGAGAAUCCAAAAACUCUACAAGAAUCAGUUCAUGGUAAACUGGAAAAAAGUAUGCCGGUUGAUAUUGGUAAUAUUAAAUUAGAAGAAAAUUUGGAGGUUUCUCAAAAAUGUACUGAAGAUGUUUUAAAUCAAUCAGUUACUGUUAUAGACAAUGACAAUAAUGAUAGCCCUUCGAAAAAAACUAAGAUCAUUGGCCUUAAAAAUUCUAUCGCAAACAUUAAAUCAGAAAGUCCAAACAUUGAUUGUAGCCCUGGUAGAGAAUUACGCUCGAGGCAAUUAAUUUCAUACAAUGAAAUUAAUUUAUAUCAUAAUAAUGGAAGUGAAAAUGAUAAAAGUGACACUCCUAAAGCUAAAAGUUUGGAGCAAUUAAAACACAUAAACAGAAUUAAUGAAGAGAACACUAGUUUGCCAAGUUCAUUUGUUUUAAAAUGUUUGAAUGAAUGUUUAGUUGCACCAAUAGAAAAUUUAAAAGUACAGAAAAACAAUAUUCAUCAUGGUAUAGUAAGAAAACAAAAAAAAUUCAUUGAUGAAGAAAUCUUUUCUUUGAUGGAAGCAGAAGAAUGGAAUUCAGAAAUAAAUGAUAGUGUUUGUAAAAAUUUAGUAAAAUUCAAUGAUUGGAAAAUGGUUGCAUUUGUUAUGAUUGAGCAUGCAGCUUAUAAGUUUACAGACGAUGAAGCUCUUGAUAAAACACAUACACCUCCAGCACCACUGAUGACUCCUUCAGAGCAAAAAUUAGUAACUCUGAUUGUAAGCAUUGAAAAACAUAAUCCAGAUUUUGGAACUCUUGUUGUAGAAGCAUUACAAUUCAAACUUUUCAGACUUCAACCUGCUCAAGAAGCUUCAUUAGUUGAGAGGCUUUUCCGUAUUCUGAUUGUUUUAUGCAGAAUCAAGCGAGAUCGUGAAAAAGUAAGAAUUUUUUUAUUAGAUGCUUUAUAUUCAUUGAACAUGAGAGCUGUAAAUUGCAUUUACGUGGCUUUAACAUCAUGGUCAGAGUUAAUUCCUAAACAUGAUUCCAAUAAUGAUAUUUUUGUAAAAACUUUGGUACAUACAAUCAUGAGUAUGAAUCCAAAGCGAAUAUUUCCUAAGCUUAUGACUUUGAAAAAUUUACUCUCGAUGUAUUACGAAUACCCAAAUUCAGAUUAUGAUGAUUCAAAAUUUAAAGAAGAACUCAUAGAACAUUUAUUAAAAGACACACCUGGUGCAAGUACUGCUAUUCUAAUAUUUUGUAAAAAAAUGGGAACGGAAUGGACUAUAAAAAAUAUUGUCAACAGACUGAAAAUUAUGAUAGUAAAUAAAGUAAAUCCAUCACCAAGUGUAAUUUUACCGUUGCUUGGAAAUAUUUUACGAACGUUCCCAACUACUGAUAAAGAAAAUGAUGUCAAAGACAUAAUUGAUCAAUUGUGUGAUGUCUUUGAAGCCACUGACGAUGAUGAUUUAAAAGAAAGCAUAGUAUCUUGCUUGUUAAGUAUUAGUAAAUUUAAUUAUAAUAAAAUAAUGAGGGUGAUUAUUCAAUGGCAACCUAAAGAAGAACUUUCACCUAGUUUAAAAGAAAAAUUUGUUGCAACUUUUAAAAAACAUGAUCUUAAGUGGUGGUUAAAAUUUGUGAGUACUAAUUUUCCCCGUAAGAAAGUUAAAAAAGGAAAUUACAAUUCAAAGAAAAAUACAAUAUAAAAUAAAAUC